GGAAAAAAGUUGUGUUUUUAAUAACAAUCCGCCUCGCAUAAAAAGUAUUUAUUUGAAAACGGCCAUUCUUAUCGCUAUUUGAAGCUAUAUUAAAGUGCUGUUGAUUCAUUGAAAUGGUAACAAUCAAUGAAUGAUUGAUUUACUCAUUAAAAAUAAAGAAUUUUAGUGAACCCGGUAUUUAAAAUAUUUUAAACCUAAACAUUAAAGUCAUGUUGGUUUCCUCUCAAGAACGAAAGCGCACUGACACACCAGCAAUACUUGUUUGCAUCAUCUUUGUCGUCGUUUUGUUUGGUGUUAUUACUUACACAUUCUUUAAUGGAACCAUUUAUCGAUUCAUAUAUGGCUAUGAUGAUUGUGGAAACGUCUGCGGACUUAAAAAUGAUGGAAAUCCGUUUAAAAGCUGCGGUAACACUGACAAGACGUUAUUGCCAUAUACUUUGUUGAACGCCACACAAAAUACUCAAGCACCAAGCAAAUUUACUACUGAGUCUUCAUGUGUUAAGAGUUGUAAAGAUUUUCCCGGGUACAUUGAAGUAGCAAAUCGAUGUCUGCUGAAAGGAUCGGAAGAUCAAAUCGAGGAAAACUUCUUUGAAAAAGUUGCUGAAGAUUUCCGCACUUCUUGGUUCCAUAUUCUGAUAUCAGUCGUCGUUGCCAUGGUCUUUUCCUACAUCUUGCUAAUACUCUUCCGUUAUGCAACUAAAUACGUCAUUUGGAUUAUUUACAUCGGAAUUGUUAUUCUUAUCUCAAUUUUCUCAAUUCUCGCCUUAGUAAUGUUCUUCGUUAUGAAAUCAAAAGGAGGGAAAGAAGAGGAAUCAGCUUACACUUUUCUCAUUGUGUCAGUUAUUUGUGCUAUUGUCGCAUUGAUAUUUGGAGUCAUGCUUUACUUUUUCCGGAAAAGAAUCAAACUCGUCAUUCAAUUAUUCAAGGAAGCAUCCAAAGCCCUUUCCGAUGUUCCAUUAAUUGUCGUUGAACCUUUAUUAACUUUCAUCGCACUUUUAUUCACAUUCAUUCUCUUCAUUUACUUUACAUUAAUUAUUCAAAGUUCGGGAACACCAAAAAAUAUUAAAAAUGCUGAAGGAUAUGAGAAAGUUAUGUUUGAAAAAGAUUUUGUAAUGGAAGCUGCUUUCUACAUCAACUUUAUUGCUUUCUUUUGGUUCGCUUCUUUCAUUUUGGGAUGUCAACAUUUCAUCAUUGCAAGCACAGUUUGUCAAUGGUUCUUCACACGUGCAAAAACCGAAUUAAACUCACCGAUCAAAAGAGCUUUCAGUCAUCUUCUUAAUUUCCACAUUGGCUCUGUUUGUUUGGGAUCAAUCAUCAUAACAAUCGCUAGGAUUAUUCGUAUGAUUCUUGAAAGUAUCAUUAAUUCUGCAAAAAAAUCUGAAAAUGCUGUGGCAAAAAUUGCUGCGUUAUGUUUCAGCUUCAUUAUGGAACAAUUGGAACAAUUUCUUCAAUAUCUCGUUCGUAACGGUUACAUCAUUGUCGCAUUAGAUGGAACACCAUUGUUUGAUUCAGGAAAGAAAGCUUUUGAGUUGAUGAAAAAGAAUCUCGUCGAUGUUGUCGCAUUGAAUCAAAUUGGAGAUUUUGUUUUGGUUUUGGGACGUCUUUUUGUUGUAUUGAUAAGCGGCUUUGUAUGCUUCGAAUUGACAAUGGAACUUAAUUAUCCUUGGAUUCCAAUAACAUUGGCCGUCAUCUUCUCUUUCCUCGUCGUUCAUUGCUUCAUGACUGUUUUCGAGAUGACUCUCGACACUAUUUUCAUCUGCUUCUGUGAAGAUUGUGAACUCAAUGAUGGAAUGACACGACCAUUCUUCAUGUCACGUGAAAUGAUGGAAGUAAUGAUUGAAUUAAAAUCUGCAGCUGGCGGUGAAUUUGAUUUCCUCAAAAAGGAUGACGCCGAAGGUGGAAACGUUCGUCCUUUGAUUCCACAAAAUUUCAAAUUCAGUGACUAAUUACGAUGAAUAUCAUCAAAGCUAUAUAAGUUAAGUAACGAAACGAAUGUAGACGCGAGACAUUUCUCCUUGAAUCUAUUUAUGAACCUUCAAUGCGUUUUCCAAUGUAUCUGUUUUGACAAUCUCAACAUAAAAUUUUAUUAAUCCUGAUUUUUCUUUCGUAGGAUUUUGUCCUUUGAUCCACUAAGUAAAUCUUUGAGGUUUCCUCUACUUGUAUAAUAAGCAUUGAUUUUAUGCUUCUUCAGGGCUUUUUCCAUGUUAUAAGACACAAAAUGGAAUAAGGGAAACUUUAACAAAGCAUUUUGUUUUUUGCCAUUCUUCAUGCUAACUUUUUUCCUUUAUUUUCAAAAUGUGUUUAUUAUAAAUACUUCAAGUAUCUACAUUCGUUUCGUUAAUUAUCUACCUAUAUAGUUGUAACACUUUUUACGUGCUUAAAAAUCAAAGCUUUGCUUUUAUAAUUUAACUGCUAAUCUCAUGUCAAUAAUAAGAAUGAGCUUUAAUAUAAUACUUAUAAUGUGCCCUUCACUCUAUUGAAAAAAUGCCUAAACCAUAUUUACACUCACUUGUAUUAAUAAUAAUAAAAAGUAAGAAUCUC